GCCACUCGAAAGGAGACCUCCACCGCCGUGGCGGAGGAGCAGUCGAAAAUGCAGGAAGCCUUGGAGAAGAAGCGCCAGGAGCUGCAAGACGCAGUGACUGUGGCUUCCUCCUUCCUGGCGGGUAGCGACAGCCAGGAAGUGAACGAGCGUGUGAGCAGGAGCAUCGAGCCCUUGGCCAGACUGGAGGUGGCGAGGCAGUCGGAAACUGACCCACAGGCUUGCUCUGCGCUGUCCACUUCGCUCCUGCGCGGGGCUGCUGCCCUCAAAGAGGGGCAGCCGGAUGGGAGAGAGACGCUGCUGCAGGCUGCUCAGAACGACUCCUCCGGCUUUGUGGCGAAGUUGCUGGCCGCACUUCCC